CAUUGACUAUAUUCGUUACUUUGAACUUUGAGUAAGAAAAAAUGUGAGGGGUUAUCAGUAUUAAUAUCUGAGAACAUUAAAUGCGGGGGACACUUCAUUUAUUGGUUUUAUGUGAAUGAAAAGCUCGUUAGGUCCUAUGACAUUAGCAGAAUUAAUUUCAUAUGUGAUCUGGUUCUCUGUGGGAAUGAUAGUAAUAGCUGGAAAAAUAGUCUGACGGUGGAGAGACGCAUUGAAUUAAGUCGUUAUCUUAGUAAACGUGUCCAGUUUCAGAAAGAUGUAAGUAGAUAUUUUUAAAAAAAAUUAACUAAAUCAAGCUUGCUUUUUGGUUCAAUCAUCUCGGGAAAAACGAGUUCACGUGUGAGAGGUAUGCGAUACAAAAUAACUUAACUUUAAGGUAAGAUCACUCAUUUACUCAGAGGCGAGAAGAUCUUGGUGCUUACCAACAAGUGCCAUUUGCUGUGGUUCGUCGUAUUUCAUAAGUAACAAGUUGUUCCGUAGUACUCUUCUUUCACUCGUAUUGCUCUCUCAUAGCUAACUCUUACCUUUCAUUUUUUUCUGAGAUAGAAUGUUUGAUGAUAAAUAAUAUUAGUGCAACUGUUCUGUUUAGAUUUGAUUAGGACAGCAUUUCUUCUACUAAAAAAGUAUUAGAUACUACGUCAAUUUGAUUUCAGGCAGAUUUUUCCAGAGAUCUUCAUUCAAGAACUCCGUUGCGUCUAAGGUUAAAAAAUAAUCCUAAGCGAAAUGUCAGCCUCGGAAUAUUUGAGAUCCCCUGCUGGAGUUUCUAAGAUUGCAGAAUUUAUCCUGCUGCUGUCAGCGUUUGUAAUAAUAUCUCUUUACAAUAACUUCUUUAAAUCAAGAGAUGAUAUGGAGAUUUCCCGGCCUGAUCACAUGGAGAGACUUUCGUUCUUCAUGACCUCCACCAUCAUUCUUUGGUUGCUCGUCACACUGAUUUUUGUAUUUUCUUUGUUGUCGCUCAGCGACAGAGUCGGGAAAAAAUGGAAUAUUCUGAAUAUGGGGAUCAGUAUUUUUAGCGCCGUUUUAUUGCUCGUUUCAAGCUCUUUACUGUUGAAUGAAGUUACUCACCUUUCUAAUUACCCCACCCCGCUUGGGGAAAUGAACCUUUGUCAAGCUCAGAGGCAUAUUGGGAGGCAAACAUGUGGGCACCUACAGGUGUCAGCGGUCUGUGGACUUUCAGCGAUGCUUCUCUUUAUUGGAGAUUUUAUUUUUUACUACUUUAAAAUGAGUAAUCAACAAUGAGGAAAAAAUGUC